GCGGGGCUUCAUCAUGGCGGCGGAGUUUCGCUCUCUGUCCAUUAAAUAUCGUCACUAGUCAUGAAUUAUAUCAUAAUAGUGCAUUUAAACAGCGUCUUUAUCCGCUGAAGGACAUUAUAUAACAUUUACUGUUAUCGCGAGUGUUGUUUGUGGAUAUUAGUGACAGUGGACCUCUCUGGUUUUCUUUAUUUCACUUGGCUGCUUCCCUGGAUAGUUUGACAGUGAAAUGUGUUUCAGGUAGUUGUAAUCAGUGGUGUUCCGCAGGGCUCCAUCAUCGGCCCUUCCAAGUUUCACUCAGCUGCAGUCAGAAUGUCCUCCACAAUGGUCCCCAAACCUUCUUCUGCUCUCUCAGGCCUGGACAACCUCUCCAUCUCAUCCCUGCUGUCAGGAGACCUGGAGGAGGACAGUGAAAAUGAGGACUGUGAUCUGGCUGACCUGGAAGUGAACCCAUACGAUGGGCUGCCAUACUCCUCACGUUACUACAGUCUGCUGGAGGAGAGGAAGCAGCUGGCUGUGUGGAGUGUGAAGUUCAGUCUGUUGGAGCACAUGGAGUCUCACAGUAUGAUCGUUCUGAGCGCAGACGGAGGAACAGGGAAGAGCACGCAGGUGAUGAAACACGUUCAUUUGCAGUGCUGCAGGUUGUUUAGGGUGUCAGAUGUGUAACGCCAAAUUCAAGCUGCAUUUACAAUAACUUGUAAAUAUGAUAAAGUGAACUAAGUUUUUGUUUUAAUAAAAGCUAGUUAUUAUUCUCUAAUUGCAAUGUUAUUACAUUGUAGUAACUUAUGAAGGCCAUCCCUCUAAUGACUAAUAAUGGAUUUUUGAAAAGUGGUUAAUUCAUUCAUCAAGGGUGUUACGGUUAAAGAAAUGUUACAGGUUCAGUACUCUUGAGAGUUUCUUUGGCAGGCUUUUGAUUACCACAGAAAAUAAUUUUUAAUUUCUUGUACUUCAGUUUGUACAAAAAAUAGAAAUUGCAUUAAUAGUAAUGUAUUUUCAAUGCACAUCUCAGGGGGAAAGCAGUGGGAAAAACUUUAAUAUACACUGUGUUGAAAGCCACAAGACUGAAAAAUGAUAAGUGUGUGGGAUAAAACCUUUGAACAAGAAGACCAAAGACCAGGGAAAUCACUCAGCUAUCAGUAAAGCACUAUUAACAUCAUGGAUCGUGGAACGCAUUAAAACAUUUCACAUACAGAGAUAGACAUAUCACAUAUAAACACUCUUGUGCUCCCUUAGUGACAAUAAUGCAUGUUUACUGUUUUGGAAACCAUCCACGGCAAAGGCAGGUUCAAUUUUCUUG